AUAACAUUGGGUUCAGGCAUUGUCAAAACAAAUUCUGGAUCAUUGACGUGAUCUCACCUUUAUAUCGGUGUGUGUUAGGCUUAAAGUAAAAAUGGCUGUGUGUGCAGCGAUUGUAGGGAAAGAUAAUUCCCCAAAAUUUUUUACAACAAUAAAUCCCGAUGAGGAAUUACACUUUCAGUAUAAAGUUCUUUCCUCCUUGGAUGUAAUAGAGGAAAAAUUGAAUUCUGUACAGAAAGGUGGAGCGGAUAUGAGAGAAUUAUAUUUAGGAAUGCUGUUAUCUUUAGAAACACAUAAAAUAUACGGUUAUGUCACCAACACGAAAAUAAAAUUUAUAAUAAUAGUGGAUUCCACUAAUAUGACUUUAAGAGAUAAUGAAAUUAGAUCAAUGUUCAGAAAAAUUCAUUCUGAAUACGCUGAUAUAGUUAGUAACCCUUUUUACAUUCCAGGAGAUCCAAUUUGUUCUAAGGCAUUUACUUCGAGUAUUAAAAAUAUAAUGACCAGUACAGUUUAAGAAUAAAUUUAAAUAUUAGAAUAGUUCGUUAUUAUAAAUUUAAUAUGAAUAAAUAUGUCUGAAAGUU